GUCGGGGGAAGGAAGUCGGGGAAGGAAAGGGAGAAGGAAAAGGUCGGGAUGAGGUCGGGAUGGGAUGGGAGUCGGGAUAGAAGAGGAGAGAGGAGGAAUCUAGGCAUGGGAGACGACUCGCGACGAUGUCGGGAUCGGGGGAGCAAGGGGAGAGAGGGAGAGGUCGGGACGGGGAGGUCGGGAUGGGAGGUCGGGACCAAGAGGUCGGGAUGGGAGACACGAACAGAGGAGGGAGAGGUCGGGAUGAGGGAGGGAGAGUUGGGACGAUGUCGGGGGAAGGAAGGAGAGGGGGAGAGAGAUCGGGACGGGAAGGAAGGGAAGGUGGGGGGGGGGCGGAAGAGGUCGAGAUGAGGUCGGGAUGGGAUGGGAGUCGAGAUAGAGGAGGGGGGAGGAGGAGUCUAGGCAUGGGACGGGAGGCGGGCGAGAAGCUGACAGAGGCAGUGAAAAGGUUGAGCCAUUUGGAAAAAUCUCUUGAGAAGACAACGAGCACAAAAGGGCUUGAGAUCAAACAACGGGAAGCUGAUUCAAUCAAAGUUAAGUUGGUGGCUACUUUAUCGAAAGAAGUUUCUGCCUUGCAAAACAUGGGUGAUGAACAAGUCAAGAGCUUUGCCAAUAUGAACAAGGCCUUUGUUGACGGCAACCUCAAAUCCAUUGAAGACGGUGGGCGCUAUCUUGGGGAGACAAUCACAAUCUACCAGAUGCAGCUGCAAGAGGCUGAAAAGCAUGCAGAUAAAAACAGGAGUAGCCAUUUACUGCAAGUGCGUGCUUUGGAGGAGAAGACCCAGAAAGCUAUCGAAGACGCCUUUGCGUCAUUUGUUGCAGCAAUUCCUCCAAAACGUGAAGAUCUGGAACUGCUGGAGGCUCUUGACUGGCAUACAAAUCGCGUGCACCUCAAGUUGCGUUCCGAGCUGGAGAAGAGUUCCCAAUCCGAGGCCUCCAUUGAAUUAGCAAUCUCCCAGCUUGCCGAGCUGGCUUCAGGAAAUGCUGAGAUUGCACUGGAUAGUAAACACGAGCCUUCACUUUGCAUGAAGGUCAUCCGCGCGAGGCAUGGGAUAACUAUUUUUGACCGUGUAGUGGUUCAGACCAUGGUAGUCAAUACAAAGACGAAGGGUGCCGUCCUUCUUGCGAUCGAAGAGGACUGGGGCACUCCAUGGGGAAGUACUCGGUUUAAUGAAGCCCUGGCGAAGCAGCUCCUCAAGUUGGCGCUUGAGUUUCUGGGCUUCGGGAACCAAAAGGCAAUAAGGGGCACGAUUCUGAAUGCGAUAGUUGUGCUCGAGCGGGAUGUGGUGCUCGAUACCACGCAUGGGAGGAAUGCUGUUGUAGGAGACGGAUGGUGGAAAAACAUUGUGAUACUCACGAAGGAGGGCACCUACGCUAGGCGGCAAGGAAGAAAAAAGGGUGAGGAGAUCCGUGAUGUCGACAACAUAAAGUUCUACAUCAGGCUCACGAAGGAGGUGGUGGAACUGGAUGCCUUCACAGAGUGUGGUUUGUUAUCUUGCGGAGGUGGCCUUCGGAUUUGGAGCUCCUUCAGUCUUUCGGCGAUUGGUGGCAUGUCGAUCUACGGCUGGAUGGUUGUUGCAUUUUGUGGUUGUGAAGCUGCUGGUGUCGCCAGCUUUGACCUUCGGACGGCUUCUACCCGGGAUGUUCGAAGCAGCUUCGAGGAGGGCCACUGUGGCCAGCUUCCUUCUUUGCGGUGGUGCGCGCACGGGGGGUGCGCUCGGGCGUGGCUUCUUCGAGCCCUCGGGGCGAUGGCGGGCGUUGCCUCCCAGCUUCAAAAUUCAAAGUUGGGCGUGCGCGGCGCACGGGCGGCUGGGCGUGAGGGUGGCGGCGGGUUUCAGUUGGCGGCAGCCCGUCGGGCUUAGGCUGGGCACGCGCGCACUAUAGCGCAGUGCUGGAAAUCGC